UCCCCGAAUGAGAUUUGUAGGUGAUGUUUUAUCAUGUCUCUUAUUAGCAAAGUGCAAGUCACAACUAAUAAAUGCAAAUAAAUACCGAAUAAAAUAUGCAACAAUCCGUGUGGUUUUGCAUCAGUGGAGCAUAUCGUGCUAACCCAAUCGCACAGUUAAUGCGUUAUUUCGCGUCGUUUAUGUUUGAGACCAAUGCUUAAAGCGUCGCUUCAUUGCCAAUGUUGAAAUGGUGAACAAGCAAGCUGAAGCGAUUGAAAAGGACCCUAUAAUACAGAGCCUUGAGAGGUCUAGCUCUUUGGUUAUUUUAAAUCAGUUACGUCGCUUUACGAGAUGUUUACUUGACCCAGAUUUACUAGCGGCGAAAGCCUUUUGCUUUUUCUUGUAUGGGGCUUGUGGAGCGUUGCUGCCGUAUUUACCACUGUAUUUGAAGCAGUUUGGAAUUCACGCCUACCAAGUUGGGAUUAUUCUAGGGAUUGGUCCAGUUGUACAAUGUCUAGGUGCACCAGCGUGGGCAGCUGUAGCGAACAAGUGGCGAAUAGGCAAGUUUAUUUUUCUUAGCGGAAUUCUUUCUUGGCUUGUGAAAGGACUGUUGAUAUUAGCAGUUCAUCCUAGAGCACAAGUUUGCAUUCAAAGCUACAAGAACACGACGACGAAUAUAACCUAUGUCCACGCGUAUCACUUAUGGAAAAAUAAAUUAAGCAACACCGAAAAGCAGUGGAGAGCUGUUUAUCCAAAGCCGACAGUCCCGCCAAAGUUUGUGAGUACAACAACCGUGCAUAGAACCAGUGCAAAUCCCAAUCAGAACUCAUCAAUCCCUGCCAAUAGAACAAUUCUUGAAGACGUACUUGGUGAUGAUGAUUACUAUGGAGAUAUUUUUGAUGGGAAAGACAAUUUAGGAAGUCUUCAAAAGACAAGAAGAUUGAUGGCUGUAGUACCACAUCACGUAUUAAUCAACCAAAUUUAUACCAACCGUGAAUCCAAAUUACAAACAACUAAAUUCAGUAAAUCACUAAACGUGACAGUGAUGAAUGAAGUGCAAAUCGAUAGACAAGAGCUUAAUGACAUAUUCCUCAUAAUUCUAUUGUUUGUUCUGAUCGGGGACUUUCUCCAGUCCUCCACGUUUACCCUUGCCGAUGCAUCUGUACUCAACCGGUUGGACGAGGACCAUCGUGAGAGCCCCACUGGUAUGCGAAUUGCAGGUUGUCUCGGAAGUAUGAUAGCUGUUAUCUUGGUUGGCACCAUUAUAUAUGACUCUAAGUACGACCUCUGUGGUGCGCCCCGCGCUCUUUACUACGUUGCCUUCUACUUCUUCAUCGGGUUUAUGUGUAUGGCAUUUGUGAACUCUCUAUGGUUCCAGUUUUCAUACCACGACGACCGCGGUUGUGGAAGUGUACUGAAAGUCAUUUCGCUGUUUACAAAUCGCGAAGACAGCGCGUUUCUCGUCUGCGUUCUCUACGUUGGACUCUGCUAUGGAUUCCUGUCACAUUUCCUGUUCUGGUUCGUAGAUGACCUUGGGGGACACACGCUUAUAAUGGGAACUGCAAGUGCGCUUAGAGAACUUACAGCAUUGGUGUUUUUCUUUGUCGGCGACCGUCUCCUUCCGUUAGUGGGUCAGACGAAUGUGAUGGUUAUGACCCUGUUAUGCUACUCGGCUUGUUUUUUCACCGCCUGGAGACUUACCACUGAUUUGUGGAUCAUUGUCGCGUUGGGGGUGGUAGAGGGGGCAACGUUUGCUUCCUUUUGGCGCUGUUGUGAGAAGUACUUCGCCUACCUUGGGACGCCAAAGAAAAUUAUCGACAGCACUCAAAGUUUCCUGCAGGCUGUAUUCUGGGGACUGGGCAAUGGCGGUGGCGCCAUGGUUGGUGGUUCGCUCAUCACGCAGUUUGGCGCGAGAACGACCUUUGGCGCGUUUGGCGUGACGUCACUAGUCGUGUGUUUGCUGUAUGUGAUCUAUUGUUACGUCCUCAGCGAGCUUAGCAAGGAGAGUUCAGGAGACGAUACAAGUAGUGACGACGACCAAUGACAACGAUGGAAUGGAAGGAUCAUGAUAAUUAGUAAUUGAUUUGAAUUUUGAACUGCAAAGAGUAUAAUAAAGACAGUUAUUUUGGGGGCAUUUGGCGUAUUAUAAAUCUGGCUAGAGGAUCAAUAAUUUAACCUGAAAAAACUGGAAUAAAUAAUAAUAAAAUAAUAAUGGACAAUUAUGGCACGAUGCACCAUAUCAUUCAACCAGGGAGGCGUGGUGACUGGAGAUGCAACUGUAUAUAAUUUAAGCUUAUUUCACGCUUUGUUUGCUUCGCUUGGAGCAAAUCUGGUAUAUUCCAAUCUCUAUUUUUUCUUUUUAUUUUUAUUUCUAAAGCUUGGUCUUACCAGGCCACAUUUCAACACGUUUUGGGUGUUAUCACGCUAUUUCUUGGAGAGAUAUUUGUUCCGGAAGUUUUAGGCUGCUAGCGCUCUUCUGUGAGUGUAUUCGGAAAUGGCUGUUUUCGGAGUUUUAGGACUCAUGUGGCGCGCGAGACAAAAAGGGAGGGGGGGUAUGAGGGAAAGAGGCCCUUCCCCCUUCCUCUUCUCUCUCUCGCACGCACAGGAAUCCCGAAACAUUCAUUUCCGAAUAAACCCACAGGAGAGCCAGCUAGCUAAGAAAAUAUUAGCGUUACAAUAUUUGUCACGAUGCGAGUCCAUUGCACAAUGGAGUUACUAACCGCCAAAUUCAGAAGCAGAAUUUUACUCCAAUAAGAGCACAGAGAUCGCAUCAAUGGAAUACAGUUGCGUCGCCAUUCCUCACACCUCCCUGAUUCUGCAUACUGUAUUUUACUUUAUCACGUAGGAGAUCAAUAAGAUGUACAAAAAUACUCCAGUCAUCAUUUAUUUUUGUGAAAAAUAAACUAUGAAACUCAAACAAUUCAUCUUGAGUACAAGAGUAAA